AUGGUCAAUGCUGAGAAAUGCGCACAGCAGGUGAGAAUGCGGGGAUAUCUGAGUAUCGACGUACAGUAUUCACUUCAGUUCCUCUCACCUUUCACCUACAACGCAUCAAAUGACAACGACAAGCCCCGGGAAACCACGAAAACCGAGAACUGGUCGGGCGUAUGAUUAUCGUAUGUAGAAACAGAUUUAGCGUACGUAGCUAGAGUCGGCAUUAGCGCUAGCAUUCUAACCAUCUACUUAUCUAACGACAUGGCAUGAAGGGCGUACAAGUACAGUAGGUAGAAUGUCAAUGUCAAUGUCAGUCAAUAUCAAGGUUAGUUACACGAGUCCACCGUUAUCGCUCAGAUUUAGUCAUAUCAACAACCUAAACACACCAAAGAAACCCCAACAAUUGGUACAGAUUGUCAAGUCAGGUCACGAGAGCACACCAUCAGUCCUUUGA